AUGGAGGCAUUCAGACCGGUGAAACAGUUUGAUGCCAAGGUGGACCAGUCACAGCUGGAAACUGAAUGGCGAAAAUGGAAGCGAAGCCUCGAAUAUUACCUAACGGCGUCUGGGAUUACGGGUCAACGGGAAAUGCGUAAUCAGCUACUUCACCUCGGUGGGCCCGAUCUACAAGAUAUCUUUGACAAUUUGCCAGGAGUUCACGACGUUCCCCAUGUUACUCCGGACCCCCCGUUUUACGAUAUUGCCGUACAGAAACUGGAUUCACAUUUUCAACCAUGUCGCAGACAAACCUACGAAAGGCACGUCUUUCGUCAAAUCGCUCAACUGCCAGGGGAGCGUUUUGGCGAUUUUGUCAUGAAGCUUCGGGUGCAAGCCAGCAGAUGCGACUUUGAUCUGGCAGGAGGGACUGUGAUGGACACCAUGAUAAUCGACCAAAUUGCUGAAAAGUGCCUGUCAUCCACGCUUCGGAAGAAGAUAUUGGAAAAGGAUCGACCUUUGGAGGAAGUGGUAGCGAUUGGAAAGACGAUCGAAGACGUUGAGCAACAGUGCAAAGAGCUAACGAAUAAGGACGAGACCAACCUUUUCGAAGAUCGAGCAGCUCGUGAGACCAACAAAGACAUUUGCUGUGUGAUGGGAGAAAAUCGGUUUCGGUUCAAGGUGGGCGGUAUUGGAAUCCUGAUGACCAUAGACUCGGGUGCAGCUGCGAAUCUGAUUGAUCAUCAGACUUGGAUUAAACUUCAGAAAGGUGGAGCAAAUGUAAGGUUCAGCCAACAUCCCGAUCGUUCGUUCAAGGCGUAUGGCUCAGAUCGCCCUUUGAACAUAACUGGAAUGUUUACAGCAGAAAUUGAGGCAGAAGAUCAAAAAGCGGAAGCGGUGUUUUACAUUGCUGAAAACGGGAAGCAAUGUUUGCUAGGAGACGAGACAGCAAAGCAACUUAAAGUGCUGAAAAUUGGUUAUGGCGUAGCAUCGAUCCACCAGCAUGCUCCGACUUUUCCUAAAAUAAAGGGCGUAUUGGUUGAGAUUUCGAUUGAUCCAAACGUUAAGCCGGUACAACAGCCGUAUCGGCGGGCACCUUUUGCUUUGGAGGAUAAGGUUGCUGAAAAGCUGCAGUACUUACUGAGCCAAGACAUCAUCGAGCGUGUGGAAAAACCGUCUGCCUGGGUAUCUCCCAUUGUCCCUAUUUUGAAGGACAAUGGAGAGGUUCGGCUCUGCGUGGAUAUGCGUCGUGCAAAUCAAGCCGUCAUCAGAGAAACGCAUCCGCUGCCAAUCGUUGAAGAAUUGUUUGGAGGAAUCACUGGAGCGACACGAUUCUCAAAACUCGACAUCAAAGAGGCGUACCACCAGGUCGAAAUAUCCGAGCGAUCAAGGGGAAUCACGACUUUCAUUACAAAGCAAGGUCUUUCCAGAUUCAAACGGUUGAUGCUUGGAAUAAGUUGCGCUCCCGAGUUAUUCCAAAAAGUCAUGGAAUCAAUUUUCGCAGGACUCGAGGGAGUAGUGGUCUACCUAGACGAUAUUAUGGUGACUGGACGAACUCAGCAAGAACAUGACGAAAGAUUGGCUCAAGUCAUGGCUCGCUUAAGACAGUUCGAUAUUCUUCUGAAUGAAGACAAGUGCGAUUUUAAUGCAACACGACUGGAAUUUUUGGGUCAUGAAUUGGCUACUUUAACGGUGUUGUGA